AUGUUUCGUCUAAUAGUUGUUGCCUUGAGUGUUUUCUGCCUUGCAUCAGCAAGACCCGAAGGAGAAUACGAUGAUAGAAUUGUCAAUGGCAGAGCAGCUAAUAUUAACGAGUAUUACUGGCAAGUUUCGAUCCAACAAUAUAAACAACAUUUCUGUGGCGGAACUAUUAUAGCUCCAACAUGGAUCCUUUCUGCUAGUCAUUGUACAGAAGACAUAAUUAAAGAAGGUAAAGAACAUACUUGUCAAGUUCGAGCUGGUUCGUCAAACUGGAGUUCCGGUGGUGUUACCAAGGAUGUUGCAAAAAUGAUCAACCAUCCAAAAUAUGAUACAAAAACAGUACAAUAUGAUGUUGCAUUGAUUAAAUUAGUAGCAGCACUUAUUUGGAGCGCUAGUAUUAAACCAGCUACAAUUAUCAACCAUCCGCUGGCUAAUGGUGCACCAGUUGAAGUAAGUGGAUGGGGUCAAUUGGCCGAAGAUAACCAACUACUUCCACAAUAUUUGCAAGCUGUUCUAGUGAAUUUCUUACCACGUGAAGCAUGCAUGAAGCAACCAUACCGUUAUGGUCAACAAAUUAUGGAUGGUAUGGUGUGCGCUGUUGGAGAAGACAAGGAUUCAUGUCAAGGAGAUUCUGGUGGCCCACUUGUUGCAAGUAAUGGAGUAGCAUGUCUUGUGGGAGUUGUGUCAUGGGGAGCCGGAUGUGCUCAGAAAAAUCUUCCAGGAGUUUACUGUGAUAUGACUAAUUCUUUGGUUAAAUCAUUUAUCCAAACUCACUGUCCUGAAGCCAAAUUUGCAAAUUGUGCUUAA